CAGUUUUCUAGGUUUUCGUUAUUAUUAUUUUUUUUUUCGACGGGCACGUUCGGCACGACCGACGACCACCUGCCACCGGAGAGCCCGUCCCGCGGCUGCAGUCGGCUCAAUCGUCCGUCCGCUGCUGUGUGGCGCGCGCUCAUCGGCACACCGUUCUGCAGUCGAUACAAAUAUAAUACGUACUAGCCGCAUUGCUGCACCGCUGCGAUAACUAGCCCAUCGUACUGAAGUACAGUGUAAGAGUAAAAAAUCGCCGUCCUAAUAUUGUAGAGUGGAAGAUAGUAGUAAGUUGUACUGCAGGUAGCAGACCGGUUGCACGCGUACUCUCGCCUUCACCCGACCAUUAUGAAGCGCAAAGACGACAGCGCCCAACUGGACCACCACCUCAACAUGAUGUUGGAGCUGGUCGAGCGACUGGAGCGGAACAGGUGGUCGGCGGGUUCCGGUGGCCGGCGGUGGAGACCCGAUGCCCGGCCGCCGCUGAUGCCCCUCCAAGCUGAACUCCGCACGCUGGAGCUCUGGCGGUCCGUCAUGGCCGAGUGUCUGGCCACGUUCCUGUAUGUGGCCGUUGUCUGCGGCGCGGCCACUUCGGACGCUUCACCCGUACUUGGCGCGGCCGCCGCUUCCGGGUUCACUAUGCUUGCCCUCACCGUGUGCCUGCAAAACGUUUCCGGAGGACACAUAAAUCCUGCUUUAACCACUGCUAUGCUGAUCACAAGAAGGAUAAGCCCCGUAAGAGCUGUUAUGUUCAUAGCCGCACAAUGUGGCGGCGCAGUAGGAGGAGCUGCGAUAAUCUACAGUGUUUCCGCUCGCAACUACUUCACCAGUCUAUACGACCUGCCAAACAGCAGCACAACCCCAUGGCAACGUUUCAGCUUAGGCUUGCUACUCAUGUUCUUCAUCGUGUUUACAUAUUACGUGACUAAUAAUACGUUUCACAAAUGGACCGGAACUGCGGCAACGGCAAUAGGAGCGGUGUACUUCGCGUGCGGUCUAGUGGCGAUGCCCUUUAUUAAUCCAGCUUGCGCAUUUGGACCGGCACUUGUGAUGAACCAUUGGGAUAAUCACUGGGUUUAUUGGUUUGGACCAGGAGCAGGAGGAAUCAUUGCAGGCGUAGUGUAUGAUUUAAUAUUUAAUCCACAAAAACGAAAAGCGACAAUAGAUGAUUUGAAUGAUGAUGAGAAUCUGUGUCAGAUACAGGUACCACACAAAAUUAUUCGACCAGCUCUUUCCCCUCCAAUGCUAUCUGCUGAUUUAGAUUUGCCAGAGCCUUUGUAUGAAGGGAGUAGAUCGUUAUAUGCCCGUUCGCCAGUUUUGACCCGUGCAAAUUUAAGUCGUUCACAGUCACUGUACCAUUCAAAAUCCAUCCAAAACUUGCCACCUCGUGAUUACUUACCAAGACCAGGACCAUUAUUACCAGCACAAGGAAUGUUUCCACAGACAACGACAGCUACAGAUAGAACAGAUAGACCCGAUAGGCAAAAUCAACAGAAUCAACAAAGGCAACAUGAACCCACAUAUUAUAGUGCUAGGAAUUUGGCAAAAGUCAACGCUAGUGGCAUCCAUAAUGGAAUAUAUCCACAAAGUUGUAAUAGGUCUGAAACAUAUAGGCAACCACCGAAAGAUUCAGCAGAUGAUACUUAUGGAGUUUAUGGCAAUUCUCAAAAUAAAUCACAAAAUCAUCAUGGCAAUCAUUCAAAGAGUGAGUUUGUUUACCGAUGGACACCACCAAAUUCAGUUAUGCACGAGUACUCAUGAUCGUGUCUAUAUAUUAUAUUGUUAUUAUAUGUACAGUUAGGAAUGUGAAUACUAAUUUCAUAAUUGUAAAAUAUUUAGUGUAAAUAAAUUUUAUAUUAAUAAAUAUUUAUUAGUUAUUACUAUAAUGGAAACAAUAAAUUAAUAUUUUGUUUACUGUAUA